CGAAGCGACACGGUUGAGAUGCCGCGGGCAUGGCAUGCUCUUGUCAUGAUGCUGCCGGUCGUCGCGGGCGACCUGGCAAUUCCCCGAUCAAACGUCGUCAACUCUAUCGGAAGCGUCGACACGUUGCAGACGAUUCCGUUGGUCGCCGAUAUCGUCAUCCCCGACGGCCGUGAGAUCUUUCUCCCUAUCCACAUUCCGUCCGUCGCCGUGGCGGUCAACGCGAACGGGCCCGCAAAAAUCGACAAAGUCAGCUCUCUGCACGCCAAUGGACUGUUUGGAGUGGGAGAAGUCAUCGACAUUGACGUCCGAUUCACAAGCGCCGUGGACGUCGUCGGGACACCCUCCCUUCGCAUGCGCACGGGGUGCAAUACUGCAUCCUGUCGGGUCAAAGAAAUCCAAACUAUCACGUGUUCGGCCACCAGUGGCAAGUUUGCUGUGUCAUUCCAAGGCCAGACUGUGUCCAACAUCCCAUUCAAUGCGACGCCACUUCGAUUGACCAACUACUUGCUUCGACUCACGUCUAUCGCAGCCGUCCAAGUGUCGUACGAUGCAGGCACUCAAGCGUGCACGUUCUACGGCACAAAGAUCACAAUUCAAUUCGACCAAGUCAACUUUGUCACGCCCAACACGGACGACGGCAACCUCCCAUCCCUCACGACGGACCGGUUCAACCUCCAAGGCGACGGCAUUGCACUCGCUCACCACACGAGGUCAGUUGAUCUGACGCCGGUGGCCAUCGAAGUGCAGAGAGGUGUCGCCCCCACCGACCGCGACGCGCUGUUUGUCGGGAUGCGGACGCCGACGACACUCAUCUUUCGCUACAUUGUGGCCUACGGUGACGUGUCGCUGGAUCUAGACUAUGCCGCGCCAGACUCGUUGUCCCUUAACGCAGGCGGGUCAAUUUGCAACGCAGGGACGCUGAUCGCGGCAUCGCGGACGCUGCCAGUUCCGGGCCGCGCGCCGGCAUGGCCCGCCGGGAUGGUAUCCAGCCUUGCCGUCAACAACGACAUUGCGUUGAAUUCCAACAUUCCCGUCAUCACCGCCGUGACGACCACCAAGCCUGACGGCAUUUAUGGCCAAGGCGAGGUCAUCGAGAUCAGGAUUGCGUUUUCGCUUCCCGUGACGGUCGUUGGGGCCCCCGUGUUGCUGUUGGCGACCGGGAUGAAUGUCGCGCGAGCGCCGGUUGUCCGAGUCGACGCUGGAGGUACUGUCCUCGUGGCGCAGUACAUCGUGAGCUUUGGCGACUACUCGUUGGAUCUAACGUACGUGGACGCGACGUCGUUCGUGCUGAAUGCGGGCGACGCUGUCCUCCGCCAAAGCACAACGUCGACGAUGCCAGUCAACAUGACACUGCCCCCAAACGGAUUGCCGGGAAGCCUCUUCAACUUGGCCAACAUCGUGAUCGACACAACCCCGCCAUACAUUAUGUCUGUGACGAGCGCUCUACCCAACGGCGUGUACACGACUGGCGACGUCCUGUCGUUUGCCAUGGUGUUCUCGCGCCCGGUUUUCGUGACUGGCAUGCCGCAGUUCCAAGUUGCCACGGGGUCGACCAACCUCUGCCCUGGCCAGUUUGUCGUUCGAGUCCCGACGGACGGCGACGCCAAGGUGUUUAUGUUCCCCGAGGCAGUCGAUUGGCGCUGGCUCGAACCAGGAUAUUUCGUUGUUAUCGGCGGUCGGACGUACACAGUCGCUGGCAUCGUGGGGUACAAGGUCACCAUGAUCGAAUCGUACGUGGGGACGGCGGUGAACCUCGGCACAGACCCUGCGUCGCCGCAGCUGUCCAUCUUCACGCGGGGAUUCCAGUAUGCAACGUACACUGGAGGCAGCACAACGUCGACGCUCCAAUUCUCGUACCAAGUCCAGCACGGCGAUGUCUCUCCCGACUUGACGGUGGCGUCCGAUGUUCUCCUUCCCCCCGGCAGUUCGAUCCUGCGCCUCUCGACAACUCCGUCAACCCCUGCCAACCUGGCCAUGCCAGCCACAGGGUCGGCAGGAAGUUUGGCAGUGGCGAGCCAGUUGGUUAUCAACACUGACCCGACGACCGUCACGAGCAUUUCGUCGCCGACUCGAAGCGGGGUGUAUGUCACAAACAGUAUCGUUGCCAUGGCUGUCCAGUUCUCGAAUCCCGUGGUUGUCGUUGGCCCGACCGCACCGGGGCUUCUCACAAACGUGGGCGAGAACCGGUUUGCAACGUAUGUGUCGGGGUCUGGCACCAACACGCUCUUGUUUCAACUGGUCAUUCUCUCGUCGGAUUCGGCGGCGGCGGUCGCGCCGCUUUCCCGGGAUGCCAUUCGCAUGCCCAACGUAUUUACGUCCAUCCGACGGAAAUCCAUGAACCCCAUGGACUCGGCCAUCCUGACGUUGCCUGCUGCUGCGCUGACGUUGGCAUCCACGGUUCUGACCGUGAAUCCAUCCGCAGCCACAGUCACCGGACUGGCGUUGGAGGCGCCGCUUUGGACCACCACCACCAUGGCAUUGCGGCCCGGAGACACGGCCACAAUCGCCAUGACCUUCAGUGAGCCCGUCGCUGUUGCGGGCGGUACAGUCCCCUUGCUCGAUCUGACGGUGGGAAAGCCCGCAACGUACACGUCUGGGACUGGCACGGUCAAGCUGUUGUUUCAGUACACUGUCCAAUACGGCGACCAAGUCGCGAGUUUCGACAUCGCGUCCCCCGACGCGCUUCGUCUGAAUGGAGCGACCAUUGUGGCUGUCAACGGAGGGGCGCCGGCGAGUGCCCAGCUUUUUCGGCUCAGCUUGGUCAUGAGCAACAACCAGCCGCCACGGCAGCCCUUGGCGAUCGAUCCGUCGCCAUUUCGCAUUUUGAACGUUCGAUCGUGGACUAUCGAUGGCACGUACACCGUCGGCGACUCGCUGUUGUUGGCCGUGACGCUCUCGGACACUGUCGUGGUGUCAGGUACGCCUCAGUUGUUGCUCCGCACUGGCAACACUGGAGGCGAUCAAGCGGCCAGCUACUACAGCGCAGACGCCAACGUAUUGUACUUUGUGUACACAGUCCAGCCAGGCGAUGCGAUCGUCCAAGUCGUGGAAGCGUCGUCGGCGGCUUUGCAGUGCUGGAACGAUGUGGGGCUGAAUGCAAACCCAACAGCGGACGAUGCGUCCGCGGUGGCGGUCGUGGACUGGUCGAACCAGCUCGUCGUGUGCUGGAGCGAAAGGGGCAACGUGCAAGUGCGGCUGUUCAAUAACAACCCAAACAUGCCUCUGUGGACAACAUUGUCGGCAGCUCUGAAUGCCAACGCCGCCCAAGCCGCGAGCAACUGCAAGUGCCGGGGGACGUCCACUGUGCCAAGCCAACUUGUCUGCGCUUGGGAAGAAUCCACGGCGGGCGGCUCCAGCGUCGUCCAUGUGUCGGUCAUGACGGGCUCGGUGGUCAGCCCAGUGUGGACACUGCUGUCCGGUGCGGGCCUGAAUGUCGACUUGACCAAGGCAGCGACUCAAGUAACGUUGGCGAGCGCCAACAGUGGCGUCCUUGUCGGGUGGACGGAAGUCAUGGCGGCAACCGCAAAUUCCGCCAUUCAAAUCAAAUCGUGGAAUGGCAACGCGGGAGCGCCCGUGUGGACAUCGAUCGACGUGGCAUCCUUGAUGACCACUCCGCCCACUUCCAACCACUACCACCCUCGGCUCUUUUACUUUAACGCGCGGUUGACGCUCGCAUGGACAGAAGCCGUGUCCCCCACGCGGACCAAGAUUCGAAUCGCAGCCAUGGUGGCGACGUCGUGGGUGGCGAUGGACGGGAAUGGCGCUGGAUUGAAUGUGCCGACCCGAUUGGCGUCCAUGCCGGCACGAAGCGUCUGCGAUUCGAAGCUGUACGUAGCAUGGCAGGCCACCGACACGUCCGGGUCCAACGUAGGGGGUACCAUCCGCGUCCAAGUGUACAACAGCGACGGGAAUACUUGGACAUUCAUCGAUGGAGGGGUGGGACUCCAGUCGCAUCCGACAGCUGCCAUCGGGGUCGGAUUCGUGUCGCUUGCAUGUGCGUCGACGGGGCUGACGGCGGCAUGGCAAGAAGAGAUUGGUGGGGUCGUGAUAAAUCGAGCCGCGACGUAUUCCACAGCUGCCAACGCAUGGAGUCCCGCGGGGACUCCCAUGGAUAACCCGUCCCAACCCGCGACGAGCACAGGUCCCGUGUUGGCCAUGUCCAGCGCAUUUCUCUUUGCGGCAUGGACAGAGCGCCACGCCGUCAAUGGAAAGGCUCAGUUGCAUGUCGCCAUGUUCGCGUCGGAUUCACUCGCGUGGCUCUCGAUGACGUAUGGAUGUUUGAAGCGUCCCGGCACGGGCUUUUCUGUCCCGUAUGCACUCACGUUGCCGUCGCUGUUUUCGCAGGCGAGUUUGGGUGACUCUGCCCGCCUGGAGCUGGCUACGUCGGUACCCACAGUCGUCGACAUCACGGCGCUGUCCCCACCAGGCCUGUAUCGGCUGAAAGACACGGUUCAAACAAUCGCUGUCGUGGCCACGGGGACGUCCACCAUCACUGGUGGCGGGUACUCGAUCGGGUACAACGGAGUCGCGUCGGCGUGUGUGCCGUGGAAUGCGGCCGCCAUCGACGUCGAGAACGCCAUCAAGGCGAUUCCAGGCCUCGGCCUGGACGUCGCGGCGACCAAAGUCGCGACCGCAUUUCUCCGUGGCGGGGUCCUGUUCCAGAUCACAUUUGCAACCCCCUCCGUCGGAAUCCACCCACUCUCGGUCGAAUCGAAUGGAUGCGCUCCGUUGACGUGCGCGAACGGCGCUGUGUGCGGCCGAGUUCUCGUCAACACAGACAAGCCGGUGUCGGGGGUGCAGCCGGGGUAUGUGGAUUUUCUCGUGACGUUUUCAGUCCCAGUCCAAGUCGCGCCUGGAGGUGUCCCGCCUGUUCUCACUCUAUCCAACGGCUUGGCUGCCACAUAUACCCCCGGUUCGAUCGUCCAAGUGCUUGAUGUUGGUGUAGCUGCCCCGAGUCGAACAAUUGCCGGAUCGUUUGCCCUCGCCUAUGGCGGCGUACCGACAGCAUGCAUUAACGUAGAAGCAACGGUGGACGGCAGCUACUCGUCGGUCCGCCAUCGGCUCAUGGAGCUUCCUGCCGUGGCAAACAUUGGGAUUGCGUCGAUUCGAUCCCGCGUGUUCCAAAAUGGCAUCCGCCACGUCAUUCGUUUCCAACAGGGGGCGCCACUCGCGUUGUCGUACGAGCGUACAAUCACCUGCACGCCGUUGGUUGGGCUGGUCCAAACGAUCGAUCUCACAACAAGUGCGACUGUGACGGCGGGGAGUUUUGCAGUGGGUUUGGGGUCGCUGACAAGUGCCACGUGCUUGCCCGUUCUCACGACGACGGCGGCGGACCUCGGCGCGGCCCUGGUCGACUUGACCAACCACGAGAUCAUGGUCACCGUCCAGAAGCAACCCCUUCCCACCGGAGGGUUUCGUUUUGCCGUGACAUAUCCCGACGCCCACGCCGCCGAAGCCAUGCCGCUGACUGUCUCUACCGCUGGCUGCACAGCUUUGGUGUGUGCAGGCGGCACGUGUUCGCUCGUUGUCAAUGCGGACUACACUGUUGCCGCCGCGCGGACGCCGUCGCUCACGUUUCGGUAUACUAUUCAAGCGGGCGACGUUGUCCCGGCCCUUGGCUACACGAGUCUGACGGGAAGCAUUCAGCGGGCAGCAGCGUCGGGUACAGUUGCCGCUACCUUGACGCUUCCACAAGGGCUGCGUCCCAGCGGCGUCCAGAUCGAUUCAACGUCGAUGCCGACAGUCACACGAGUUGUAUCGUCGACGCCCAACGGCGUGUACUCGCAAGGGAACCGAAUUCACGUCGUGGUAUCGUUCAACAAAGCGGUCGACGUCACUGGACACCCGACGCUCGAGCUCAGCUCGAAUGGUGUCGCAGUGUACACGUCUGGUUCUGGCACGAACGCGAUCACGUUUCAGUACGUUGUCGGUCCCGGCGAAGUCACAGCCCGUCUCGACUGUUAUUCGACUGCGUCGUUGCAGUUUUUAACGCCCGCGACGGCCAUGCACUACCGGGACCCGAUCACGCAAGCGCUGACUCCCGUCGACCCGACACUUCCAGUCGGGGCGGAUGCCAACAGCCUCGCGACACUGUCCGCGGUCGUCAUCGACGCGGUCGUGCCGUCCGUGGUCGCCGUGACGUCGUUGAAAGCAUCUGGGACGUACGGCACGGACGAAUCGAUUGAUUUUGUCGUCGAGUUCACUCACCCUGUCGUCGUGACGGGGACGCCGUCGAUCGCGUUGAACAGCGGCGGUAGCGCAUUGUACACACUGGGCGGACUGCGGCAGCUCCUCGACGUCGGCGUCACGUCCCCUGUCACGUCCGGGCAGUUUGCAGUGUGGUAUGACGGAGUGUUGAGUGAAUGCAUCGUGUACAACGACGUCGACAUGCUUCGAUCCAAGCUCCUGGAUCUGCCUGGCAUCGGUGCCAUCGGACUGACGUCGGUCACGUCCGCGCCAUACGGCCUUGGGCACCGGAUUACCGUUCUGUUUGCCACCCCGGAUGUGCACACGGCGCCACUGGAGCUCGUCCCCGCGACUCCUCGCCACUGCAUCCCGUUGUCUCCUCCAUCGUCGAACACGUUCCUCGUCACCCGAGGCAGCGACGACCACCUCACGUUCCGAUACACUGUUCAAAACACCGACGCGGCGACUGCGCUGGCCGUGAUCGGCCCGACCAUUGCGCUCCACGGGGGAACGAUGCGGCGGCAAAGCGACAACCCUUCCAUGGACGUAGCCACGGCGUUGGUGCUCCCGGCCACAAUGCAUGCAAUUCGAAUCCAAGGCGGCGUGCCGUCCAUUGCGCAUGUCACGAUGGUCACUGCGGGCGGCACAUACGGCGUCGGGUACCCCCCGGCGUCCAGUCCACCGCAUGUCAAACCCGGUCAAAUCCUGUUCACCGUCGCGUUUUCGAUCGAAGUCGUGUUUGUGGAUGACGUCACGAUCGUCAUGAACACGGGGCGGUCGGCCGUGUUGUAUGCGCAGGUGAGUCCUACCGAGUAUUCGUUUGUGUACACGGUCGAAGUUGGCGACGCGAGUGCGAAUUUCGACUUUGCGUCGCCAAACGCCAUGGUAGGCACGAUCGUCGGCCGGUCGACGACCAACCGUCAGCCUGUGAACAAAGUCCUGCCAUUCCUGCAGCUCACAGGCGCCAACGUUGUGUCGAUUGACCCGACGCUGCCGGCAGCAAUCGUUGCCGUCACAACAACGCACCCAGACGGAACGGUUGGCGCUGGCGAAGUGAUUUCGGUCCAGACGACGUUUGGCCGCCCCACGACCGUCUUGUCUGGGCUGAACCACAAUCCGGUCAUGUCGGCGAAAUUCCCGGCCAUGACAGAAGCCAACGGCGUCGUCUACGUGUCGUGGAGCGAAGAAACGUCCGACACCACGAGUGUGGUUUACGUCGGCCAGCUCGACCCGAUUGCUGGGUUUCAAGAGCUGAGCCCGCCGGGGGGGAUGAACUUUCAUGGACCAAACAGCAAAGCCGUCAAGUCGUGCGUCGUCGUCCAUGACGGACAGCUCUACGUUGCAUGGGACGAGUCCGGCAUUGUCAACAUUGCGCGGUUCAGCGGCAACAUGGCGACGAAAGCAUGGACACCGGUGCCGUUUAUGGGGUCGAACGCCAACUUGGCGGCCACCGCGUCGACGCCGCAGCUCAUCACGUACAUGAACACACUCUUCAUCGUUUGGAUGGAGUUCCGAAUCCCCCACACCAACACAGAAGACUCGUUCAGCAUUCGCGCCGCCUCGUACGAUGCAUCUGUCGCCCCGCCGUGGAACGUGUACGACACCGCUCAAGGCACUUAUGGCCUCAAUAAAGACCGCGCGACGGACCCCCAUGCGAUUGUGUUUGCUGGCCAUUUGUACGUGGCAUGGGCCGAGUUUACAGGGUCUCGGUUUGCGAUUCAAAUCGCAGCGUUCUUGCUCAACACGAUGACGUUUGCAAAAAUCCCGCAGGUCGGGUACGUCAGCGAUGCGUUCGUCACGGCAUUUGGCCCGAUUUUGUACGCCAACGGCGCCAACAACCAGCUCAUGGUGCGGUGGUACACGUUCCCAGCGGCGAGUGUUGAGCCGACAAUGCACACUGGCAUCGUGAUGCCGCAGUAUUGGAAAGAACUCGUGAUGCCGUUGCCAACGCUAGGGUAUGCUCCGCACGUCAUGGCGUGUCAAGGCCAAACCAUCGUGGCCUACACCGUCCAGACGGCGGGUUCAUUGAAACUCGUGGCGGGAGCCGUCGACUCCACCGGGGCACUCUCGAAAGCUCAAACGCUCAACCACAAUCUACAACAAGACGCGAUGUCUCCGAAAUUGGCAUGUCUCGCCGGUGGCGUUGCGCUCGCAUGGACCGAAUACGACGGCGUUUCGUACAAGAUGCGCGUCCGACUAAAGAGCGCAGCGAACGACGAGUGGAAAGAAAGCGUCGCUGGGCUGGCCACCCUCGUGCUCACGAAUGGACUGGUCGCUGUCAACACAGACUUGAGCGGCACGUGCACGGUAACGCAUACGUUUGUCCUGCGCGUCGCCCCGAACACCCCUGCGAUCGCCCGACUCAAUGCUGCGUCUGUGGCGAGCAAUCGCGCCCGGAUUCAGGACUGUUUGACUUUUCAACUUGCCAACACGAUUUUGUUCCCGCUCGCGUCCGACCGGCGCAGCCUGGCGUAUGCAACAAACAUCGCCGUCGACACCUCGCCCCCCGUCGUGGUGGACGUCUCGACUACGCUGUCGUCGGGCACAUACGGCGCCGGUCAACUUGUUCCUGUCCUCGUUCGGUUCUCGACACCUGUCGUCGUAUCUCCUUGGCUGCCGGACGGAAACUCCCCGGCAUGGAUCGUGUUUCAAAGCCGCGUGGCGGCGUUGGACGGAAGCCACGAGCACAAGGCCGUCUUGAGUGCUGGGAACGGCACGGACACACUCACGUUCCUGUACACGACGCUCGACACGGACAAAUUCCUCCUCUUCGACUACAUGCUGCCCACGUCCUUGGGUGUCGAUCCAAUGGCGGGAUGGAUCCGGCGGAAAGCGACGGUUCCGACCACGGACGCCGUGCUCACGUUGCCGACCCCGGGCCUUGGCCACUCGUUGAGUCGGUGGUUCAUAGCUGUCGACACGGCACCGCCGACCAUCCUGGACGUCUCAGCGUCGAAUGCGGACGGCACGUACUACCCCGGCGACGUCAUCCACAUCGUGGUGACGUUUUCGCUGCCAGUCAUGGUGUGGACAGCCGACUCUCCGCCGCAGCUUGCCCUCGCCACGCAGCCACUGACCAACCCAUCCUUGCGCAGCUAUGCCACGUACGUCGGCGGCAGCGGCUCCACGCGACUCACGUUCGACUACCAAGUCCAGCCGUUCGAUCAAACGACGCAACUGCAGCUGUUCGACGAUCGGUCAACGGAUGUCGGGUCGUUUGUGAUGGCUGUCGAGGCGUCGGCGAACUCGAUCUUCCGCCUUGCUUCGUUUCCCACGACGUUGGCGAUCCUGGCGUGUCCUGCGCCUGGAACACUGUCCUCGAUGAACCAGAGGAUUGCCUUGGAUUCGACCGUGCCGACGAUCACCGGCAUGAGCACGACCCUUGCCGAUGGCACGUAUGACAUCGACACGGUGAUUCCAAUACGAGUCGCGUUUUCAGCGCCCGUGGCGGUCACGGGAAUGCCGCUGCUGCUACUAAACGUGUACAAGGAUGCCACGAGAGGCGCUGUGUACGCGUCGGGCUCUGGGACAAACGUUAUCGUGUUUGUGUACCGAAUUCAACUGGGCGACGACGCGUGGCCCCUCGAUCACUUGAACACGAACGCGAUGCAGCUGAAAAUGCCACUGCGGGUGAAUCCCCUCCAAGACCCUCCUUUUCCCACAAUCCACCGCAUGUCGUCCAACCCGACGCUUCCCGCCAACCUGACGCUGCCUCCCCUCGGCCCUGCGCCGCAGAUCAACACCCCGCCCAACUUGAUUCGAGCAGGGCACGUCAUCAACGUCCGUACCGACGGCGUCCGAGUCAGUCAAGUCGAGUCCAGCGCCCCCAAGACUCGAGUCACGUACGCCGCAGGCCACGUCGUUGAACUGUUUGUCCACUUUACGCAGUUGGUGUACGUCAUGGGGACGCCUCAGUUGAUGCUCAACGUUCCAACACGAGCGACGUAUGUGUCUGGGUCGUCCACUGAAGUUCUCCGCUUUGUGUACACGGUGGCGCCUGGGGACACGGCUGCUGGGCUCGAAAUCACAAGCGUCCUGUUGGGAGCAGGCGUGACGAUCCAAGAUGCUGUGGGAAUUCCAGUCCCGUUGCAGGUCCCGUCGGUGGGGUCGCAGCACAGCCUAGGCGUUCGAUACAAGAUCACGAUCGCGGGCAUUCCCCCUGUCGUGGUUGGGGUCGCAGCACCGACAUCCCUUGGCAAUGCGGUGCUCGCCGCGGGCGACGUGGUUCAAUUCACUGUGAUGUUCUCGAUGCCUGUGGUUGUUCAAGGAGCGGCUCCUCAGAUGGCACUCAACGUGGGUCAGUCCGCUGUGUACGUGUCGGGCUCGGGCACGUCCUCGCUGUUGUUUGUCUACACAAUUCGAGCGGGAGAUGCCGGCACGUUGGACUACGCGAGUGCAGCCGCCCUGUCCGGCACAAUACGAGCGCUAUCCACGACUCCGACAACGCUUGCGACGUUGACCUUACCGCUUCCUGGCGCGGCGAAAAGCCUGAGCGCGUCGUCCAGCAUCCGCGUCAACACGGUAGCCCCCACCGUGGUGAAUGUGACGUUUGCAGGGCUCCAAGAUCAAGUGUGCACUGUCGGGAUGGACAUUCCGAUUCAAAUUGCCUUUUCGUAUCCUGUGGCUGUGGUGCCAAGCCCCGAGAUGCCCACACUAGCACUAGCGACCAAGGGCAACAUGAACCAAGUCGCCCGAUACGUUGGCGGGACCGGCACUUCGUUGCUGCAUUUCAUCUACACCGUCCAGGCCGGCGACGCGUCCACUGCGCUCGAGUACACGCAUGCGAAUGCGCUGCGAGGCACGAUCUUGCAGUUUAGUUCGUCGCCGACUGUGUCGGCGAGCCUGACGCUGCCGGUGCCUGGCUCGACGGGGAGCCUCAGUGGCAAUGCCCGGCUGUCGGUAUGCAUGUCGUGCGCUCGCGUGCUGUCCGUGACAGGGUCCCCCAGCGGCGUGUACACGGUGGGGGACGCGUUGUCGAUGGUCGUGACCUUUUCUGAGGCCGUACGAUUCGACCGGCCGACGGCAAUUCCACCCCCCACGAUGUACAUCCGGCUCGCCAUGGCGCUCGAGCGCGUUGCAUCGUACGUGUCUGGCUCCGGCACGGCCGUGUGGGUGUUUUCGUACCAAGUCCAGCCCAACGACGACGUCUAUCCGUUUGAAGUGGCCAACACGCUCGCCAUGUACGGAGCCAAGGUCGUGUCGGUGGCGCGACCAACCUACUUGGCGUCGCUUCGUCUGCCGCAACCGGGGCGGCCAUUCAACUUUAGCGCGUCGUCGUCCGUACGCAUUGAUACGACGCCGCCAAAGAUCGUUCAAGUGACGACUCCCAUUCCCGACGGGACAUACGGCCCUGGCCACGCGAUUCCCAUUGACGUGGUGUUUUCGGUGCCGGUCGUGGUCGCGGGCGCGCCAGUGCUUCGACUCGCCGUCCUGCCAACCCCCCAACUGGCAACGUACAACGCACCGGGAUCGACCCCGUCCGUUUUGCGGUUUGUGUACGUUGUGCAGCCAGGGGAUAUGAUUUUUCGACUGGAUUACAUGCGCGUGUGCUCGGACCGGGGGUUCUUCGACGACGUGGAAGGGUACGACCCCGUGGAAUCGGAGCUGCCAUGCCUGCCGAUCGGAACUGUCUCGGCGCUCGACCUCCAUGGCGGGAGCAUCAAGGCUGCGGCUGGCACCCCGACGGUCGACGCCAACUUGGAACUGCCCGCCGUGAGCCCAUGGCCUGCGAUGCGGUACCUUCGCAGCGACUACUCUGUUGUGUAUGGCAAGAACUUGACCGAGCGCCGACCAAACCCGGCUGAAGUUGGCAGCGUCUGCCUGUUUGGUCAAGAAGACGAGCAAUUUCAUCUACUCGCCAACGGUAUUCCCAACCAUGCGGCCACUUCUGAACUUGCAGCAACUGCAUACAUGAUUGAACUUCCUCGGUUCCCCACUCCAAAUUGGUCUCGAGAGCGCCCGUUUGGACUGGUCGGGGUGAUGUUGAAUGGUGUCCCGUUCAAUAAUUCCGCCGACCUCGCGCCACAGUCGGCUGACUCGUGCGGCGGCGCCGUCGACGCGGCCACGAAACGAUACACGUACGUUGGGGUCCCGACUUGCUUUCUCGAGACAGCCAUGGCGCGGUCGACUAUGGUGGGGUACGUUCUCGAUGGGUACCCCCUGCACGUCUUGCCGACGACCCGCGUGGCACUCGACGAAUGCAACGGGGAGCUCGGACCGGACGGCGUUUAUCGGUACUACUUGAACCCACACACCAUUGAAUCCACUGGCACGUUCGUGCCAUGCUUCAAGGGGGUGGUGUCGGUUCGCCAGCAACAAGCUAUUGUCGUCGAUUACCAAUUUGUCGGCGGCAUCGAAGGGUUCUCGUCGGCGCCAAUGCGCCUGCAAGAACUCGUCGUCGUGCCGCACGGUCGAGACAGCAUCUGGCUCAAUGCCGACAGUGUAUCGAUAUCCACGACCGCUUCCACGCUCAUCGUGGCAAGCUCGGGCAUUCCCGAUGGACCCGUCGGCCCGUUCCCGAACGCAUUCAACCCGAAUUCGAUCCUGCCCCAAAACUACCAGUUCCGCAUCCCGCGGUCUCCGGUCCCGUCGGCCACGCGACAUCCACUCGCGAGCGGCGCCGUCGUCGGAGUCAUGCUGAACGGCAUUCCCAUGUACAACACGAUCGACACGGACGGCAACUCGUUGCUCGACCCUCGCAUCGUCCGCCACUUGAUUCUGGACAAGUGCAACGGAUACGUCGACGCCACGGGGGCAUAUCGGUACUACGCGCCACCAGACUGUCUCCUCGAAGCGCUCGGCGAGGUGGCGGGGCAGCCAUCGCCCCUUAUCGGGUACGCUUUGGACGGCUAUCCUAUCUACGGACGGUACGACGCGUCUGGCAGAGUGCCCACGAAUUUGGACGCGUGCAACGGACGGGUCAACGAAAUGGGAUCGUAUCAGUACCACGUGACGGACUUGCCACCGUACACGAUCGGGUGUUUUUACGGGGUCGCGCUGCAGUCGGCGCUGCCGUUCUACCAAAGCUUGGCGGUGUCCAGCGCCAUCGCGAUUGACUCGACUGCGCCAUACAUUACAGACAUCACGACAUUGAAAAACCCAGGGACGUACACGGCGGGGGAAACGAUCGACUUUCGAGUGUUGUGGUCCAACCCGAUCGUUGUGACGGGGACACCGACGCUGACGCUGGCAGUCGUGAACAACACAACGCGGGUGGCUGCCGUCGCCACGUACAGCGCGGCCACGAGCACAUCGACGACAAGCGUAUUCUUGUACGUCGUCGGGCCAGAAGAGUAUGUGGACGACCUGGCCGUGAGGUCGCCGACCGCACUCGAGCUCCCGGCAGGGUCGUCUAUCAAACGUGCGGCGACAACGCCAAUGCUAAAUGCCAUCCUCACUUGUCCUGUGGCUACGCUGGGGGCAAGGAUUCAAGCGGUUGCAAAUGUCCAAGUCAACCUGCGUGGCUUGUACCACCCCGACGCGCAAGACUUGACCGUGUACUUGAUGCACAACGACAUUCGCGCGCGCCUCUUCGACCCGAUUCCGAUGUCGGGGUACCAUUUUGGCCGGCCGCGGGACAACACAGCGCUGCAUGUGGACAUCGAGGACAGCGUGAGCGGCAUUGGCGGCGACUACUCGUUUGUCGCGAGCAACCUCGGUGUGAACCUCGCGCUGAGUGGGAUCGCCACACAAAGCACGUCGUUCGGACCGACGUCGCUCGCGAACAAAGCCAUUGACGGCAUUCGGUCGGCGUAUUUUUCCAGCCAGUCCAUCGCCCGGACGUCUGGUUGCGCUCAGCGAGACCCGUCGCCGUGGUGGCAGCUACGGCUCGACGAGCCCGUGGCCAUUGGCACGAUCAAGAUAUUCAACGUGGCUCAACAACGCAGUCAAUUUGAAGUGCAAGUCGUCACAGUGACCGGGCCGAUUCCAGUCGAAGGCACAUUUCAGCUGCGCGUGGGCGGCACAUGCACGACGCCUCCUGUGUCUGUCGAUGCCGUCGCCAUGCGGCGCGACGAACGUAUUUUUGGCGACUCGUUCCAGGCCAAGCUCGAGGCUUGCACUGGCCAGGUGACAGUCCUGCGAAGCGCGGCCGACCGCAUGGGAGGGUAUGGCAUGCGUUUGGAGGGUGAAUCACCUUUAUCGGUGCGUGUAGGUAUUCGUGGACAGUGACGUUUGUCCAAGACGUGGGAUCGAUAGCCCUCAUGGACGUCGUCAACCCGACGCAGCCGACGCUCGAGGCGUCCGUCAUGACCGUCUUCGACGCCACUGCGAACGACUGGUAUUCGUACCAAACGGCCAUGGAAAACGUAUUUGAGGACACGUUGUAUCCGUGCUACGUGAUGGUGUUUGAUGCGUUGUCGGCGCUGACGUUUGAAUCGUUGCAAGAUGCGCUGGACGCGGCCGUGUGGAGUCGGUACAUUGAAAACGGCCCGAUGGAGAAGACGAUUUUGCUGCCGGCCAACACGAAGGGGCAGUACGUUCGCAUUCAGCACAACUCGCCGCAGUCGUUGAGUCUUGCCGAAGUCGAAGUGUACACGGAGCGGCACUACUCGUUGUCCGACUACUUUGAGGGAAGCCCGGUUGUGAACCAAGCAUUCGAGUCGAACGUGGUGUGGACACCCGAGGUGUCCUUCCAGUUCGCGUUCGGGGGGCAGUUGGCUCGCGGCGAAUGGAGUCUGGUGCUGCAAGAUCGACGGCCGUCCAUCGGCGCCAUCAAGGACGCGUACCCGCUGCAAGGCGAAGGAGGGCUGUCCGAGUGGCAGCUCGUCAUCACCAACACGGCCGGCACCACCACCACGCACUACCUGUCGAUGGUUGCGACGGUCGCGACCCUGCCCAAGUACGGCGACCUUCUCGUCGACAUUCGCGAGUCCGAGACAGACCACCUUGACGCAGAGGGCAAUUCGUACUUGGAUCGGUCUGAAGCCAAGCAUUUCUUGGCGACGUACUGGCCAGGGUUUAUGUUCCUCGACGCGUUUGUGCAGUUUCGGCUUGUGCAGGACGUGGUCGACACGUAUGCCACGCACGGCCGACUCAAAGUGUAUGGUCAGCAAGGCCAGCAGCGGUGGAUCGCUGACACGUGCGAGGGCGCGGUGUGUGUCAUGCCGCCAACUCACUACGAACUGUACACGUCGCAGUCGGUCGCGGCCCCCCAGCAUUUGCUGGACAAGACGAGGACCAUCCAGUACCUGCCGUCGGCGCAGUUUGUCGGGAUGGACGCGUUCACGUACACGAUUAGCCUCAACAACAAGGACGCGAUCGGUCUAGUGCGACUCCAAGUGCUGAAUUGCCGAGACCCGUCCUGUGUGCACGAUCUGUACUUGGCACAGAGUAGCAUGCAGCCUGUCAGAUGAUCCGAACUCGGAUUUGAUCUGUGUGUGAAAUGUGCUCC